AUGCCGGCGAGAGUCGGAGACUCGUCGUCGUCUUCCUCUUCGAGCGAAGACGAUGCGCCGCGUUCUGCGCGCGGCCACCUCGCCAUCAGAGACAAGGGAAAGGGUCGCGAUGUUUCGGUUGGAAAGCGAAAGCGCGCCGAUACAUCAAAUGGAGACCGUUCCGCCCGCCGCCGGGCCACGCGCUCCGCCGAGGGAGACGAGGCAUACGACUCCGACAUUUACGAUCCUGAUCAGCCGAUGGACGAGCGUCGAGAAAUCCAGCGCAAGCUGCGGGACCUGCAAAAGGGCAUCACCGAAAACAUGGAGGAAUACAUGCUGCCUGGCUCAACAGGACUCAAAGACACCCUGAUGAUGGCUCAGCGGGUCGCCAGAGGCGUCAAGCAGACCACAGAAGCAACAAUCGAUUCCCGUCUACUUGUCAGCGCCGUAGAUAUGUCGUACAGAAAGACCGUCAGGCUGAUGCAGGGAAGCGCCACCGAGGGUGUGGAUGUGGACGAGUUCGUUUCCAAGUGCUGCACUUACAUGCGGCAAGCCGGUGGAAUUGCCGACGACGCGGCGCCAGAGCUUUCAAGCACCCAGAGACAGAGACGCCGAACGAGAGGCGACGCACACGACGACGAAGACGAAGGGAACGAUGAAGCAUUCAAUUGGAGCCAUCUCGGACGUUUCGCUUCGCUGCCCUACAUCCGCCGCCCGGCCCUCCCUGGUUUCCUGCUUGGCCCAUUGUCUGUUGAGAAGAAGAUCCGGAAAAUCACGAAACGCAGCGCCCCUUUCAGGCCCAACAACCUCGAGGAGACGAGGCCCGAGGUUCUGAACGUCGAGGACUUGGCGAAAAAGGAGAACGACCUGACGGCCAUCUGUGGCAAGAUCCUGAAGCAGCUGCAGAGUGUUCAAGGCGAAAUCCAGACGAAGCUUUACGACAUUUUCGAGCAAGGCGACAUGUCUGAAGACGAGCAGACGGCGCUCAUGCUUAAGCACGGCCUUCGCGAUACCGGAGGUGUUGAUCUGCUUCGCUUCGUUGUCAACCCCAAAUCCUUCGGCCAGACGGUCGAGAACAUGUUUUACGUCAGUUUUCUCAUUCGCGAUGGAAAGGUUAAGAUCGAGUUCGACAGCGACGAAUAUCCGUCUCUCAGUCCCUUUCAAACGGAUGAUGUAGAUGAAGACGGCACAGCCAGAGGCAGUGCUGCCAAGCGCGAAACAGCAAAGCAGCAGGCCAUUUUCUCCAUGGACAUGCAAACAUGGCAAGACAUCAUCGACACAUUUGAUAUUGAGGAGCCCAUGAUCACCCAUCGGAAAGAGUCAGGAUCAACACAGGUUCCUGGCGCCAGGGGUUGGUACAGUUAA